UGACCGCAGUUUCUCCAUCCCGCUCUCAUUGGAACUGCAUUGAACUCCUCCAACACACACUCUCUCUCUUCUCUCUCUCUCUCUCUCUCUCUCUCUCUCUCUCUCUCUCUCUCUCCCUCAUCUCAUUGUUUCAGAGGAGGCCAAAUUGGAAGUCCUUUCCAGGGAGUGGCCUGUUCAUCUUAUUUUCCAGCCAACGAGGGAACGGCGUGAGGAGAAACGACACAUUCGGUCGCCAAAGGACUCCGUGGAAGGAGAGGACCAUCAGACAAAAUGCUGCACUCGGGACCCAGGAUGUUGCUGUUCAUCACUGCCUUCAUCAUCCCUGCAGAAUGGACGCCCCUAGGGGUCAGUGGUCAACGAGGAGACAAUGAUGCAACUACACCAACUCCCGAAGUAUUCACAGAAGAUCCUAAUCUGGUGAAUGAUCCUGCAACCGAUGAAACGGUUCUGGCUGAUAUCGAGCCUUCCACAGAUGACCUGGCAGCACUGGACAGAAAUGCCACUGGAGACUGUCGGGAUGAGAAAUUCGCUUGCACGCGACUCUACUCUGUGCAUCGACCAAUCAAGCAAUGUAUUCACCCACAGUUAUGCUUCACCAGUUUGCGCCGGAUGUACAUCAUCAACAAGGAGAUCUGUUCCCGGCUGGUGUGCAAAGAACACGAGGAGAUGAAAGAUGAGUUGUGCCGCCAGAUGGCUGGUCUCCCACCCCGAAGACUCCGGCGCUCCAACUACUUCCGACUUCCGCCCUGCGAAGAUGUGGAUUUGCAGAGACCCGGGAGUCUGUGAUCAAAGAAGAAUCAAGGAAAGCUGUAUGGGUGGGAGGAAGAGAAGGUUCUGGGCCUGUCUCUUCCUGUAGGCAUGAAUAGUUUCUUCACCCUGUCUCGCUUUGGCCUCUACUCCCAAUCUUUUGACCCAGAGUCUAUCUUAGCGUUGGGUUUUGGUGCUUCCCAGGAUCCUAGAUUGAUUAGACUCAGGGCUUCUUAGCAAACACUCCCCUUGCCAUUUCAAUAGAAUACAUUUUUAGAUAGCAUUUACUCGUUCUUAUUUUUCUUUUUUGGCUUUUGAGGUCACACCCAGCGAUACUCGGGGGUCCCUCCAAGCUCUGCACUCAGGAAUUACUCCUGGCAGUGCUCAGGAACCCUAUGGGAUGCUGGGGAUCGAACCCGGGUUGGCUGCAUGCAAGGCAAAAUGCCUUACCUGCGGUACUAUUAUCACACCCGGCAUUAUUUACUCUUAAAUCUGUUGAUACCGAUUCUUACGCCUCUUUUGACUCAUCCCCUUUCAUCUUCACGGGCCUCUUGACUCAGAAUUGUUUUUGUUGGAUUUUCUGAACAUCUGCCUGGCUGCUCUAUUCCUCUUUCUCUCCCCCCCCCCCCCCCCAGUGAGAACCGUCAUUCUUUUUUGUAGUCCUAGAAAAUCCAAUCUAUUGUGUGUGGGGGAGGGGGGCAGUAUUCGACCUCCAACUGGCAAAAUCUUUUAAAGCCAAGUACAAGUUAAGACAGUCCUCUUGGCAAGCCAAAAUAUUUUCUGCUAAACCCAGAAUCUGUAGUUAACCAGAGAGGAAAAGGCCAAAUAAAGAACUUAU